GCAGCAUCGAGUUCCUCAGACCCGUUGCUUGAAGGAACCUGAUAAACGAAAGUUAAGUUGUGUGACCCGGCAGUUUAACCUGGGAGUUCCGACAUCAGGAAGGACACAAAAAUAGUAACUGAAAUAGUAACUUUACUAGCGACAUUUUUAUGGCGCACCAUCGAGCUCCAGACCCCAAGAGGGAGCAGUUUCGGAGAUACUUGGAGAGAGCUGGAGUUAUUGACAGUCUUACCAGUGUCCUAGUGUCUUUGUAUGAAGAACGAGAAAAGCCCAGCAAUGCUCUGGAAUUCGUCAAACAGCACCUCAAUGCUGUUGGCCACACUUCAGCAGACACCGAGGCGCUGCAGCAGGAGGUGACUGACCUGAGGCAGAGGUGUACACAUCUGGAAGAGGAAAACAAAGACCUCAAAGCAAAGCUUCAGCUUUAUGAACCCGUAUCAAAAGACGGAGGCACAGCCAACUAGACCACAACAGCACUUUGGUUUCAUAAAUGUAUUAUUUUUGUAUUUUGUAUUAUUGUUUAUGUUGCUGUCGAGCUGCAUUUAAAGACAGGACCACGCUGUUAAGGGAGAGGCUAUGUUUUUUUAAUGUAGCUGUGCUGUUUUGUCUUUUUAUUUUGUAAAUAUCAGUAUGUACAUUCUCUCUUAGAAUAUAUCUUAUUCUGUACAUUAAUAUAUAUAUGUUAUGUUUUUCUGGUUAAUUCAAUUUUUCACAUAAAGGUUCCUCCCUCAUGACUGGACAAGCUUGUUCUUAAGAAGCAGAACGUUUUUUAAGGCUCUGUGUGAGGAUUACAUGACUGAUUUUACUUUUUCUGACCUUAUGAAUACGCCCUCUGCUCAUUGUGCAUUUGACAAAGACAUGAUUGAUUUUCAGAUGUCUGGUAUAAGUGCACAGUUGUUUAAAAAAAAAGAGGAAGAAGGUAAAAUAUAGUUCAGUCUUGUAAUUAUUGUGGUAUUGCUUAUUAAACUAUUGUGUUAACAGCAACAUA